CAGGCUGGAAAGGAAACAGAUUCUUAGGAACCCUAAUCAAUCACUCCAUGAAUCACACGAAGGAAUGAAGCCCCCUAAAAUAGGUUCGACUGUUGAAGUCCGCGUAAGCUCUCUCUCUUCCCCGCCUUCAACCCCAUCUUAUUUUGCCUCCUUUUUUCUCUCUCCCUCCCCCUCCCCCUCACAAGGUGAGACACAGAGAGAGAGAGAGAGAGAGACGCGCACACACACACACACACACACACACACAGAUCGGACGAAGAACAAAAGAAACACACCACUGUGACUCAGUCAAUCCCACACUGGACUUGAACACCUCCUUUUCCUUCUCUCUCUCCACUCUCAACCACCAAUUCCCCCUUCUUAUGCUCUCCUUUUCCCCCUUUCUUCAAUCCCCCACCCCUUCAGGAACCCCCCAGAUUCCAGGCCCUCCCAAUGGCCAUCUGCAGAUGAUUUUCUCCCUUCCUUAAUCCUUCCGUCUGCAGAUUUUGCUUUGGGGGAUCCAUUUCAUGUUCUUAUGGAUGCCGAUUUUGGGGUACGUAUAUCCUGAUUUCCAUCGCUCUUCUCAUUUUCUCUCAAACCCUAGUGCCCCUCCAAUCUGCCUCCCAAUCUUGGUGGGUGUUCACGAUUUUUGGGUUCCCAGGCUUCCAACGCCAAUUUUAGCGGUUGGAAACCAAACCCUUUUGCCGAAUCACGGACAAAUUUGGGCCUUGUUUUCAAUUUCAGGAGUUUCGGGUAAAGCCCCAGAUGCGAGGGAGGUCUGGAAAUUUUAAUUUCAAUCCUGCUUUUCUUUGAUUCAUUGCUGUUCAAUGCAAUGGAACGCCCAUUCUCUACGUUGAUCUUCGUCAUUUCGGGGUUUGCUUUCAGUAUUUUAUCGCUUCUUGUUGAGUCUCAGGCUCGAGAUGGAGCCAUUCCCUCUUCCUCGCCGCCUCCGCCUCCGCCUCCUCCAUCUCCACCACCUCCAUCUCCGCCACCGCCACCACCACCGCCACCACCGCUAUCACCACCGCAAUCACCACCGCCCCCGUCCCCGUCCCCAAACUUCGUCCCGCCUCCACCGCCUGCAUCUUCAUCUCCACCUCCGCCAAUAUUUCCCCCACCGCCUUCUCUGCCGAGUCUCCAGCAUCGUUCUACUCCGCCGCCGCCGCCUAUUCCUGCAUCCUCCGACGCGAAUAAAAAACCACCCGAAGUGAGUCGGAAUAACAACUCCCACAAUAUUGAAGGGUCGAAGAGAAGUCUCAAUAUGGGGAAGAAAGUAGGGCUAUUCUUUGUUGGUAUUGCGGCAGUACUUCAAAUCUGCGUGGUGGGAUUUUUGGUAUUCAAGAGACGGCAGCUCCUAAGAUUCAAGGACCGGUACGAUGGUUUUUCUUGAAUCAAUUGGCAACCGUUUCCUUCGUCUUACAUCAGAGGCAAGGACUUUAGGAGUAUGGUUGAGGAUAUCACGACCAUCGAGCUAACUGAAUUGAAUCACUGCUAAAGAAAAAAAAAAAAAAAGGGCAACAAUUAGGUAAAUUUUCUUGACUUUGGGGUUGGGAAGAUGCACAAAACAUGUUCUUGAGAUGCUGCAGAAAAGAAAAUGAAACAGAGGAGGCAGCAGGCGGAUAAUGAGGGGCAAGCAUCUUCUCUUAGGGUCUCCUCAGGUGUUGUGUAAAAAUGGGUACAUGAUAUGAUGAUUGGUUGAGUUUUUUCUUCUUGUGAUUUUUGAAUUCUUGUUCAUUCUUUUGUCCAAUGCUGAUUAUACAGUUUGUUAAUUCAGAAGAAACCGCUUGAUAUACA